AUGUCAGCGGCGGCCGAGACCAGUGCUGGCAGCGCGUUCCUGCCGCGUCGCGGUAUCCUCAAGAGAAUUAGGCUCCCGUCCAUCGACUACAGCCGCGUCAAAGACUGGGCCCACGCGCCAAACACAUUCAAGGCGGAAGGCACCGGAGGAACGAACCAGAAGCCGGAUCCCAUGCGCAUCAUGUGGGCGCAGCAGGCCUUCUCCUCCAUGGCGUCGCCCAUCUACCAGAGCAAGCUCGUCCGCAACCUAGUGACGCCUCUGCAGUCGAAGUUCAGCAAGAUGACUUUGAAUCCACAGAUUGUUAUGGGGACCGAAUCUUGGUUGGACGAUACGGUCUCUGACACUGCGGUUUUUCCGCCGGGAUUUACGGUAUAUCGUAAAGACACACAUCGACACGGAGGAGGAGUCUUUUUGCUGGUUUCAUCUUGGUGGAGUAGCUGUGCAGUUAAAUUUGAGAAUGACUCUGAGUCGUUGUGGUGUCGCGUUCGUUUUCCCAAAGGGAACACUGUGGUGUUUGGAACUAUUUACCGUCCGCCAGACGGAAAUGAAACAAGCAUUUCUUUACUCUCAGAUAUGUUAUCAGUGAUACCAGACACCGUCUUUCUGGGAGGCGAUUUUAAUUUGCCAGACUUUUCGUGGUUAACUGGGACGACGGCAAGAAGCAAAUCGCGUGUUUAUUCUAUGUUCACAGAAUUGAUAGAUACAUUUGGUCUGAUUCAGUAUGUCAUGGAGCCGAUUCGACUGACGGAAGUUUUAGAUCCAGUCUUAUGCAAUGACCCAAAUAUUGUUUCUAGCGCCCACGUAUAUCCUGGAAUAAGUGAUCACAAUGUUGUUGUUACCGAGUUGAAUGUAUCAGGCGUACCUGAACAGAAACAAGAGCCACGCAGAGUACUCAUCUAUGAAAAGGAACUUUGCGGCAAAGACGUAAACAAAAACCUUGGUUUAAUGCCGAAAUACGGAAACUACUGGGGAAAGCAAGGCGGGCUUACAAAAAACGUUGUAAAGAUAACUCUGUCCUUAAUUUGCAAGGGUUAA